AUGUAUCGAUUGGAUAAAUUCAAAGUUGAUACAGUAGAUCACAACUCUAUGUGUGGAGAAAAAGAACGUUUCAGCGUUUGUGCCAGAAUAGAUAAAUUAAAUCAUAAAGAGAUGAGCGAAGAAUUUGAAGAAUAUGAACCAACCAUCAACAACCUCCUACAAAAGGAUACCCUGAAAUGGAUCUUUGUAGGUGGUAAGGGUGGUGUCGGUAAGACCACAACAAGUUGCAGUGUUGCUAUUCAAUUGGCAAAGGUCAAGGAAUCAGUUCUCUUAAUCUCAACUGAUCCAGCUCACAAUUUGAGUGAUGCAUUCUCUCAAAAGUUUACAAAGACUCCAACUCGUGUCAAUGGUUUUGAUAACCUCUAUUGUAUGGAAAUUGAUCCAACACCAGACCAAGAUGCACCAGAAUUUGUUGAUAAACAAAAGGAUAUGUUUAACUUUCAAGAGAUUGCUAUGGCUAUUCCAGGUAUUGAUGAGGCUAUGAGUUUUGCAGAGGUUAUGAAAUUGGUACAAACCAUGAAAUACUCGGUCAUUGUAUUUGAUACUGCUCCAACUGGACACACCCUUCGUCUAUUAUCCAUCCCAUCACUUUUGGACAAGGCUAUGGGCAAGUUUAUGGAUAAGAAUUUCACUGGCAUCUUUUCAUCUUUAUCAGGUGUAAUGGGAUCAGAAACAUCACCACAAAACAUAGAAUCAAAGAUGCAAGAAAAUAAGAAAAUCAUUGAAGAAGUUAAUACUCAAUUCAAGAACCCAGAAAUGACAACAUUUGUACCAGUUUGUAUUCCAGAAUUCCUUUCACUUUAUGAAACUGAAAGAUUGAUUCAACAAUUGACCAAAUUAGAUAUGGAUGUUCAAAAUAUUGUUGUCAAUCAAAUUGUGUAUCCAGAGAGCGACUGUGGAUUGUGUCAAGCCAGAAGAAAAAUGCAACAAAAGUACAUUGACCAAAUCAAUGAACUCUACAUGGAUUUCCAUGUAACCAAGAUGCCACUCCUCAAGGCUGAAGUCAGAGGUACUCCAUCCCUUUCCAUUUUCUCUCAACUUUUGGUCGAACCAUAUGAUGGUACCAAACAAAUCGUCUUGCCCAAUCAAGAAGAAUAA